AUGAGUGAAGGGGAGCCAGCAGAACCCCGUCAUGGGGUCGGUGAUGCCGUGGCUGCCACGCACGAGGGAAACGCCGCUGCAGAGGAUGAGGAUCGCCGGGUGAUGGCCUUGGCAAGCGAGCUCAGGAUCUCAUCGUCGAUCACGCCGCGCGAGCUCGUCUCUCUGCGCACCACGACUCCGCUGGAGAGCAACGAUGAGCUAGAAGACGACGAAGAGGAGGAGGAGGAGGAAGAGGGACGAGACCAAGAGGAACCAAGCAAUAGGGGAGGGCGGACUGGUUUCUUCUUGGACAGGCGACGGCAGCGGGGGAACGACGGCGGCGGGGGGGGAAGCGGUGGCGUAGGCGUCUCUGACUCGUCGAGCAGCAGCAACGGCAACGCCGCUGCCGCCGCCGCCACCGCCACAGCGAGAGGCUUUCGUCUCCGCGAUGGUGGCGGCAGCGGCAAGAGCAGUACCGGAGUCUCGGGCACCUCGUCCUCUGCCGCUACGGGAGGCGACGAUGACGACGACACCGACUCCUGGAUGCGAAGUCCUACCGGCGGCGGCAACGGGGGGUUACAACUCAAGAACGGCAUCGCGUCGUCUUCUCUCCGUUUUCUUGGCGGUGGUGGCCCGGGCGGCGGCGCCGGCGGCGCCAGCGCCAUCGGCGGUGGGAUAUUUUCGGAAGACACCGCCUCUUCCUCCUCGGCCACGCUCUCGUUACAGCUACCGUUUUCGGAGGACGAGGCUGCGCUGCUGAACGUGCUCGGACAGACGUUUCAUCCUCCCGCGGACGGCGGCGGCGGCGGCGGCAACGGUGCGUUGGGUGGCUUGGCGGUCCUGCAGCAGAGGAGGAGCUUGCUGGAGGGGCUGGGACUAGAGCUUCCGGGGGGGGAAGCGGCGGUUAGGGCGCGUGUGCUGGGCCUGCAGGAGGAGCUGGUGCACCUAGAGCGGCGUAGGGGCAGCCUCGAGGGAGACCUCAGGCAGGAGAGGGCGAGAGAUACGCUGGAGGCGCGGCUGCGGGACAAGAAGGACAUGUACGAGGACCUGGCCCUAAGCGACGCGCUGGCGAGGGAGCUGAGAAGGGUACCCGAGGAGGAACAAACCGUUAAGGAGUACGUGUCACUCAAGGCGUACGAUCUGGUGGCGUCGAGCAAGGCAGAGCUAGAGCGCACCCGAAGAGAGCUCGAGAAGACGCAGGAGCAGUUGCUGGCCACAACGGAAACUGCGGAACUGCAGCGCAGAGAGGAUGCAAGGGCCCGUCGACUCGCCACCGCGCGGGAGGAGGGUCUGAAGGUAGACCUCGAGGCGUUGAGAGAGCGGGCCGAGGAGAUGAGCGGUAGGGCGAGGGAGGCCCAGCGAGCGGCGGACGAGAACAGCGACAAGGCCCGCGGCUUCGACGAAGUCGAGGCCCUCCUGAGGACGACCCGCCUGGAGCUCGACGCCGCCAGGGCCCUGUCGAAGAGCCAGGCUGCGGCGCUGGUGGAAGUUGCCGAGUCGGAGAAGGCAGCGGCAAGGACGGCUCAGGACGCUUCCCAACGCAGCUUGAUGCUGGAGAUGGACAAGACCUACCUCCAACGAGAGCUCUCCGAGGCUCAGAACAAGGCCGAUCGGCUAGGCCGAGAGUCCGAAGCGGUGAGCGAGCGCCUCCGGGACCUGGAGCGGUCCAAGGACUCGCUUGCGGCGGAACUGGUGUCGGUUCGGGAGCGCACGCGAUCGGAGCACGAGGAGCGCCUGGAGGCGGAGGUUGGCCGCCUUCGAGAGCAGAGCGCCAAAGAGCUGGCGGACAUCCGGGCUAGCGGGAGGGAGGUGUACGAGAGGGAGAACGAGACCCUCAGGGAGGCCAGGAAGGACGCGUUGCAGUCCGACGCGGCACACGAGACGGCCGUGGGCGAGGUGCGGAGCGAGCUUCGGCUCAAGAGCUUCGAGCUCAGCCAGCUUGGGGUGGCGCACGCGGAGAAGUGCUCGUUGUUGCGACAGGCGGGGCUAGAGGUGGACAUGCUGAAGGAGCAAGUGGCGGUGCACCGCGCGGAGUUCGCCGAGCUGGAGGCGUCAACCACAAGAAAGGCGUCCGAGCUGCAGCUCCUUCUUGUCGGCGAACGAGACAAGGUCCGAGCUUUUGAAGACCUUGAGCUCGAAGUAGACGGUGCCGUCAUGCGAACUGGUAGAGAAAUGCUCCUGGAAGAAGAUGGCGAAGACGGCGCCGGAAAGGAACACGGACAAGAGGAUGGCGAACACCGCUCAAGCAAUCGGUCCCCGCAACAAGCAGCAUCACCGCUCCAGUCCGCUUCCGGUGGGCUGGCGGCGUUGCCGGGGGGCUCCGGCGUGUCUGCCGGGGGGGGAGCGGCGAUCCCGAUGGCCCCGCACCGGCGGCUGCGCCAGGCCGUGCUGCUCGCGCACAAGCUGCUGAGGAAGGAGAGGGAGCUGGAGGUGGCGAAGAGGGAGCUGGCCGAACUCCAGUCGAGGGUGGCGUCCUGGGAAAGUCGAGCGGUGAGGGCGGAGGGUUUAUUGGAGAGCGUCGAGCAGCCGACUAAGUACAUGAUCGACUCCAUUCGAGAGAAGGAUGGAGAGAUCGAGGGCCUGAGGACGGCCCAGCAAAGGCUGGUGGCCAAAACGGAGGCGCUAGAGCGGGCGUGCAGGUAA